AUGGCUCAGCCCGUUGCUUCCGUGGAAGGCCUCCUCUCCCCCGACACCCCAGAGGAACAACACGCCUUGCACAGCUUCGCAGACGCCAUCCCUGGAGCUGAAGCUGGAGAAGGAGCAGGAGCACGCCUCCGCUCUCCCACGCUGCAGGAUCUCAUCGACGUGGCCGCCCAGGAGCUGCGUGCCAUGCAGGACCAGAAUCAUUCUGCUUCUCCUCCCCCCUCCCCUGUUCAGUCUCCUACUGGCGUUGCGGCAGCGAUGCCCGAGUGGGACGGCACCUCUCGCGAGAAGCUGCAGCACCAGUACCGCUGCGAGAUGGAGGACGUGCGCGCGAGCCUGUACCUCGUCGAGGGCGCGCUUCGAGACAUCCGCGCGCAGAACCGCCGCCGCUGGAGCACGCAGAUGGACGUGAUUCGCAGCAUCGCCAUCACUGCACCUGAUGCCGUCGGAGAGGGCCAAACGGUUGGUGGCCUUGGUGGUUUUGACGGCGCUGGAGCGGGAAUGAUGAUGGAUUUCGCUGCUGCUGCUGCGGAGAAUGGAGGCGAUGAUGCCAACGCGGCGGCGGGUUUGGCUUUUGCCCAUCAACACAACGCUCACCACGGCCACGGACAGCACUAUCCCUUCAACGAUGGAGUCCAGGGCCAUGCUGGAGGCGCUCUCACGGAUAUGGGAUCGAUGACGUCCCGACAGUCGUUUUCGUCCACGUCUUCGGACCCGGCCACGUCCUUUUCCGAGCAGGACGGUUUCGCCAGCGCUCCCACCGCUGCCGAUAUCUAUCCCAUCUCGCCGCUUGAAGCCGCGCAGCAUGACGGAUCCGCAGGAGACACUACAACAACCAACCUUGAGCAGCACGAUUCUCACGAGAAGCCCGUCCAGAGCAAGAAGAGCAAGAGCAAGAAGAAGACGCUGCGCCCCGUGAAGCCCAAGGCUGCUCUCUCGCCGCCCACCACCACCGGAGCGAAGCGACGACAGGCUUCCAACAACCGUCCGAUGCCCGUCAAGAAGGCCGGCAAGUCGGGCGGAAAUGCCACCGCUACUCGAUCCAAGACUCGUGCUGCUAGUGUUGCCGCCUCUGCAACUCAGCAGCAGGUCUCGCCGUCUGAGAGCGACGACGACGCUUUCGCUGCUUCCUUCAACGAGAAUGCUGUCGAAGAUGUUGACAUGACCGUCAACGAGACUGAUGGUGCUGCUGGCUCUGGAGACGAAAAUGAAGAAGCCGACGACGAUGUCACGGACGAUGACAUGGAUCUCGACGAGCACACGUCCACCAACAGCACCGCUUCCACCGCCGCUACCGCUUCCACCACCGCCGCUGCCGUCUUCAACGGCCGCAAGACGAAGAAACAAGGACAGAACCAGCAGCUGAAGGACCAGCAGCCGGCCGCCUCGCCUCGCUACGCCGUCCCCCGCCACAAGGGCGCGCGCUUCGCCUCCGGCCCCGCCGGCCGCCCCUUCCGCUUCCAGUCCAAGCCGCGCACCGUGGCGGGCAUCUGGCGCGAGUACAAGGAGGGCACGGGCGGCAACCCGGCCAUCGAGGCGCUGGAGCGCGAGCACGGCACGGGCUGGCGCCGCGGCGACCUGCGCGCGCGCAAGUACGCGAGCAACUACGUGGGCGGCCGCCGCGCCGUCGUCGAGUACGUGGAGCGGCUGGCGCGCGACAAGGGCUGGGCCGUGGACGAGGCGAUCCGCAGGGUGGAUGAGCGCGUGGAUGGACGCAUCUCGGCGCUGACGGAUGUGCUGCGACGUGAGGAGGAUCCGUUCGAGGUGCUGUCGAUGAGGGUUGGGGGCAAGGAGGUGGUGCAGUGA